AUGGAGGAGACCCGGACCGUCUUCACCCUGAGCGCCACGUUCGGCUUCCUGCUGCUGAUUUUACAGCAGACCUCUACGGCCGCCCAGUGUUCUGUUGCUAGUACAGAAGUGUAUUUCCGGGAAAACAACACGGAGAAUGCCUUGGUGACGGUUAUCACGGUUGAGGACAAUGUGGUACUUCGAUUCAGACCCCCCCCUUACAACCCGGACAACCCCUUCGUUCUGGACGGGAACCAGCUGAUUGCUCAAAGGGCUCUGGACGCUGAGUUUCCGCUCAACUUUUUUGUAAUUGUGACAAAUAUAAACGACAACCCUCCUGUAUACGCACCUUCAUACAGUGCCAACAUCAGUGAGAGAGAUUUCACACUGCGGUCGCAGUCUGUCCCUGAAAUCUUGGUGAACGCUCGACUCGACUAUGACUCCGUGAAAAAUGUCCAGCUGGUCUUGACAGCUCAUGACGCUCCGCUGGAGGAUGGCGAUCGGUCUUACACCGCCACCACAACCAUCAACAUCAACAUCUUAGAUGGAGACAACAGGCCGCCGUGGUUCCUGCCGUGCACGGAGCACUCAUUCGGUCAGAAUAAAGUCUGUGUGAACGGCGGAUACACCGGCUCGGUCUUCCUGGAUGAGCAGGAGACUGAACCAUUAGAGCUGACACCAGGACCCUUAUUUGCCAUCGAUGGAGACUCAGGAAUAAAUGAGGAGAUAAGAUAUUCAUUCCUCGGUGGAAACGGAGGCGGCUUGUUUGAGAUCAACCCCACCACGGGGAACAUCACCAUGCUAAGAGUGGCCGAUGUGGCGAACAACAUCUCUUUGACAGUGCUGGCGACUCAGGUAACAAACAGUGACCAAGCCGCCACCACCACAGUUUCCAUUAGCAUUCACGUGAGAAGCGAGCACCCCCCACGGUUCGAGAGGCCGCUGUACGAAGGCAUCAUCACCUCGGUGGGCAGCACGGUAUUGGACAAGGCGGACAUGUCCAACUCACUCCGGAUCGUUGCCACAGACGAGGACUACCAGGCUGCCGGGGGCAUAAAUCCUCACAUCACCUACACCAUCACCGGGAGCAGCGGCUUCACCAUUUUCAACAACUUCCUAUACAUGACGGGGAACAUCCCGGACACCACGCUAACUUUACAGGUGACUGCAACAGACACAACUACCAGCGAGUCGGACAGGAGUGAGAUCAGAGUGGAGGUGAAAGCAGGUAUCACUUCCACCGCUCGGCCACCAAGCACAUCGAGCCAGACACCAAACAAGACACCAAGUGGGACGACAACCAAGACCCCGAGUGUGACACCAAGUCUGAAACCGAGCCAGACAACAACCAAGACACCGAGCCAGACUUCAAACACAGGAGUCUCCACCUCCACUGCCACUGGUGGAACCACCAGUCCUGGUACCAUCACAAGCAGCGGACCUUCAACCGGCAGUGGGUCUGAUUCCACUGGCGGCAGUGGUCAACCAGCGACCGGCGGAUACUCGGCGAGCGACAUGGCGGCGCUCGGCGCCACUCUGGGCGCCCUGCUGUUGAUCUGCCUGCUGGUCAUCGGGCUGCUCGUCUGGAAGAUGAGGAGGGGGAAAGCAAAUUCCAAGAAGAUCUUCGAGGCCAGCGUGUUCGUCAGCUCUGUAAGUGAAUCCGACGGUCUGAAGGACGGCGUCCAGUACACCAACCAAGCCUUCCAGCACGACGACGACGACGACAGGCGCGACUCGGGCCACUCUGGCAAGACUCUCACCUUAGCUCCUCCUGAACCCGCCAAGCCUUCGUGGAGCGACCCUUCCAGGGAUGCGGUCCUGAGGGCGUCGCUGCACGAUCUGCUGCCCGACAACGCCAGCGACGCCGGCUCCGACAAGAUGGACGGCGAGAAGGAGGUGAAGCCCAUCCUGACCAAGGAGCGGCGGCAGGAGGAAGGAUACAAGUCGGUCUGGUUCAAGGAGGACAUCGACCCCAACGCCAAGGAGGAGGUGGUCAUCAUCCCCGACAGCAGGGAGCCCGAAAGCGACUACGAGGACCACGAUGAUGACGUCGACCAUAGCGACCACGACGACGACGACGAUGACCACGAGGGCCACGAUGACGACGAGGACCACGAGGGCCAGCGCAAGACCCCCAAGGUGAUGUUUGCUGACAGCGACCUGGACAGUGGACUCGGGGUGAAGAUGGAAGAUCCUGCGGAGGACUCAGACAGCGACAUCGACCAGAACAUCUUUCUGUGAGACGAGUCGUCGGAAACAAAACCAACCCGAGAGACGUCAGACCUGGACUGCCGAGCAGGACCAGAACCACAACUGUUCGCCUCAACGGGUUCCAGAGCCAAUCAUCAGUUUGAGUGAUUUCACCGAGGUAGCUUCAGGCGUAACAUUUACACUGCGAGUAGCAUAAAACCCUCAACAAGCCUGAAAUCUGCAUGUAAAUACAGCACAGUUAAUGUAAUAUAACUUUAUUAAAGAUUUUAUAAAGACAUUCGCUUUUACUGCCAACUUUACUGCUGUUAUUAA